CUGACGUCUAUGUUGAUAGAUACGCCUUAACAAGAGUAUAAAUAAAACGUUAUUUCAAAUUUGAACGCAUUAUCAAGAAAACUUUUCACAAUGGAUUUACAGCUGACAAGCGCAAUUAUUUUAACGUUAUUGUGUGUAACAACUAUAAAAGCACAAGUGCAAUGUCCAACCAAAUGGAACCAAUACGCGACUGAUCAAAAACGGACCACGUGUCUUUGGCUCAGCCAGCAGGAGAAGGCUUCGUGGAUAAAUGCUCAUGCCUUCUGUCACCUGAUGGGAUCAUCCUUGGUAGAUGUUUCUGACUUUCAUAUGAAUGUACGACUGGCCAACCUGAUCACACAAUUCGGAGGUAAAUAUUGGAUAAACGCCAAUGAUGUCGAAGAUGACGGAACAUUCAAGUCGACAGUGUCCGGCAAGGGGCUGACGUACAAUAACUUUUUCAGAGGGCAGACGACCUUAGAUCCCGCUAAGAACUGCGUUAGCAUCGAUCAGAAAGGACUAUGGACCAUUGAUGCUUGCAAAGCUGAGAACCAAUUCAUUUGCCAGAAAAAGCCAUAGUUGCUUACGACAUUUACAGGGACAUAUUUCACAUGUACUGUUAUUGUAUUAGCACAGGCAAAUAAAUAAUACUUCAACAUGAAAA